CGCUUCCGCGUUGGGAGCCGGCGGCGGAUCCCGGGACGCGGAGACCCGGGGUCCCGGCAGCGGGGCGGCCCCCGGGCCCAGGGCGGGGAUGCAUCGCCGCGGGGUGGGAGCCGGCGCCAUCGCCAAGAAGAAGCUUGCCGAGUUCAUCGGACGCAGUGCAAGUGGGAGCCCCCAGCGUCCGCUCUCAACUCACGCUGGUCUUUUUGUCUGACAGGCCAAGUAUAAGGAGCGAGGCACUGUCUUGGCUGAGGACCAGCUGGCCCAGAUGUCAAAGCAGUUGGACAUGUUCAAGAGCAACCUGGAAGAAUUUGCCAGCAAGCACAAGCAGGAGAUCCGGAAGAAUCCCGAGUUCCGGGUGCAGUUCCAGGACAUGUGUGCCACCAUCGGGGUGGACCCUCUGGCCUCCGGAAAAGGAUUUUGGUCCGAGAUGCUAGGCGUGGGGGAUUUCUAUUACGAGCUGGGUGUCCAGAUCAUCGAAGUGUGCCUGGCCUUGAAGCACCGGAAUGGAGGUCUGAUCACUCUGGAGGAGCUGCGGCAGCAGGUGUUGAAAGGAAGGGGCAAAUUCGCACAGGACGUCAGCCAAGACGACCUGCUCAGGGCCAUCAAGAAACUGAAGGCGCUCGGCAGCGGCUUCGGCAUCAUCCCCGUGGGCGGCACCUACCUCAUUCAGUCUGUGCCGGCGGAGCUCAACAUGGAUCACACGGUGGUGCUGCAGCUGGCCGAGAAAAAUGGCUAUGUGACUGUCAGUGAUAUCAAGGCCAGUCUUAAAUGGGAGACCGAGCGCGCGCGGCAAGUGCUGGAACACCUGCUGAAGGAAGGGCUGGCCUGGCUGGACCUGCAGGCCCCAGGGGAGGCCCACUACUGGCUGCCGGCUCUCUUCACAGACCUCUACUCCCAGGAGAUUACAGCUGAGGAGGCCAGAGAAGCCCUCCCCUGACUCUGGGAGUGCGGAAGGGGCCCCAGCAGCAGGCAGGGAGAGGAGGGCAGAGCUGCUGGUGAAUAAAACCUGAAAAACUUUUUUUUUAAAAGAAAAA